UGGACUCUUUGUUUUGGCAGCGUCAUUUUGACAGAAAAAGUGAAAGGAAGUUUCUUCCAUCAUCACGCGUAGAAAGCCUCCGCCUUCCUUGUCGCACGCUCGGCCCUGUCGACGGCGCAGUACGCGAGCCUCUACCCUUUUGUUGUCUAGGUUUUUUCGCGCGGCCUCGAUUUCUGUUCGCCUCGCGCCGGCGACUUCCCCAGUUCCCAAUUUCUUCUUGUCGAGGAAAAGUCCUUUCUUCGACCGAAGCGAUCUCUUCGUCAAUUGCUUUGCCGAGCACUUCACCCGCCCUGUCCGCUGCAGCCCCGCGAGUCUGCGCUGCCCGCGAACCUCGAAAACAGGGAGCGUUUUCCAGCGAAGAGAAAUCCUCUUUUCCGCGGAUCAUUCCUCCCGACGCGCUCGGGCGCAGGUUCACCGCGUUGAAACUUCGUGGAUUUUGGGUCUCGACGGAGCGAAUUUCUCGCUCCCGCGCAUAUACGGCCGUCGCGGGCUCUCUCCCGCAGGAAUCUGCCCGCGUUCUGUGCUGUCGCGUUUCGCCGACGAGAGCUGCCCAGCCAGCGCGGGGGCGUCUUAACACAGUAAAUCAGGCGCGCAUCUCCUCACUCUCCACUUUCUUUUCUCGUUUGGCAGCGCUCUCGCCUCUUGGGCGGACUCUAACACAUCGCCGUCCGCAACAGCAUGCGCCGCUUUUUUUCGCGCAGUCCUCCGUCUGAACAGUCUUUGUUGACGACUGGUCUCGCAGAGUCUCUCCUCCACCUCGUCAGUCCACGGAUCGAGAUCUCUGCCGAGUUUUGCCUUUCUAAAAAGGAGAAUCGAUUCGCUCUUGUCCCUCUGACUUCCUCCUUCGCGCUGCCCAGCGGCGUGGUGCGUCCGCCGGAACGACUCUCCCGGUCCAGGUCGACUCUGCACUGAGAAGUGGAGGCUGAGAGGCCGCCUGUCUUCCGUUCUCCGGCCGCUUUGUCUGCUCUUUCCCCGAGAUGCUGGUUCUCGUGGAGACGCCUGCGGGCUACGGCCUCUUCCGUGUGAAGAACAAGAAGCUGUUGGAGGUGGAAGAUGCAAACGACUUGACUUCGUUCUUCGCCUCUGCCGAAGUCGCGCAGAAGAGCGUCCACCUGGAGGCCUUCGCGAAGUUCAAGGACACCAAGCAUGCGCUGGACGAGGUCCUCGCGCUGCGCGAAAGCAAAGUGGGCAAGAGUUUGAAGAAAUUCCUGAAAAAACAUUUGCUGCAGACCGACGCGAGUGCCCAGCUCGCCGUCAGCGACAAGGCGCUCGGCGCCGCGAUCCGAAACAAAUUCGGAAUCGACGUCGUCUUCACUCCUACCACUCACGAGAUCAUCCGAGGAAUCAAAGAGCAACUCUCGAACCUCCUGGACGGACUGUCUGCAAAGGAUCGCCAGCAGAUGGCCAUGUCUUUGGCGCAUUCGCUCAACCGCUUCAAGCUCAAGUUCAGUCCAGAGAAACUCGACACGAUGAUCAUUCAAGCUGUCGCGCUCAUCGACGACCUGGACAGAGAACUGAACAACUUCGCGAUGCGUCUGAAGGAAUGGUAUGGCUGGCAUUUCCCCGAGCUGAGCAAAAUCGUGACGGACAACUUGAUUUACGCGAAGACGGUCCAACUCAUCGGCUUCCGCUCGAACACUCGGAACGUCGAACUCUCUCCCUUGCUGCCAGACGAAAUUGCCGCCGAAGUGAAAAUGUCUGCGGAGACGUCGAUGGGGACAGACAUUACGGAGGAAGAUUUGAUGCACAUCAACACCCUUGCGAACCGCGUCGAAGAGCUCGUCGAGUACAGGGCGAAUCUUGCAGAGUACCUCAAGGUUCGCAUGAAGGCUGUUGCUCCGAACCUCACCUACAUGGUUGGGGAGGUGAUCGGCGCGCGCUUGAUGGCGCACAGCGGAAGCUUGUUGAAUCUGUCGAAGCAGCCGGCGUCGACGAUUCAGAUUUUAGGUGCGGAGAAGGCGCUCUUCCGCGCUCUGAAAACCAAGUCUCACACGCCCAAGUACGGCCUCCUUUUCCACGCUGCUCUCGUCGGUCAGGCGCCCCCGAAGCUGAAGGGAAAGAUUUCUCGAGUUCUGGCUGCGAAACUGUCGCUGUGUGUGCGCGUGGACGCCCUCACGGAAGCUGCAGAAGCAGCAGCAACUGCGGCUGGAGGCAAAGCCGCGGAAGAAGUCGCAUCCCCUGCUCUCUCGGAACCGACUGUCGCCAUAUCCUGCCGUCGAUACGUCGAGAAUAAACUGCUUCAACUCGAGCAACAACAAAACAGUGGUCUGUCGCGAUCGACAGCGAAGCCGUCAGCUGCACGCUACGAGCCGAAGAGGCAAAUGAACGGCAAGUCGUACGACGCCUCGACAGACGUCGUCCAAGAAAAGAAGCACAGACUUUCCGAGGAGGCGGAAGAGGAAGAGGACGAGAAGCCGCGGAAGAAGGUCAAGAGAGAGAGAGAGAACUGAGGCUGCUCUGGGCUGCUGUCCGCUGUCCUGGAUCGUCUACGCUUGUCAACUUCCCCAGUUUUCCACUCGCUGUUCUGCGACUCUGUAUGCGUCUCUCUCGCUGCUUAUCUUGCCCGUGACGUCUAAAUCUGCGAUGUGGCGUCUGUUUCGUCUCGGUGAGGUUUCGAGAGAACGAUUUCAAGGGGGGGGGCGAGGUCUCUGUACGCCAGCGCUGACUCCUUGUCGCUUCUCUUCGCGCUCACAUUUCCAUCUUGACAGGUUGCGCGUUUUGCCACCAGUGGAUGUACACUCGCUGGUAUGUUUGUGGAUCUAAGUAAGUCGUCGCUGUGUCUCGGAACAAAGUCCUUCUCGUGUUUGCGAGAGACUCAAAACCUUGGAGGCUUCUACGCCAGGUUUGUGCUGUAACUGCAUGCGCCAGAAGAGGUGCCGACCGAACGCAGGGGAACCAGUUUCUCCCAAGGUGAGUCGGAGGACACCCAACGGAAUCCUGAGAUGGAACGAACACUGAGGCGAUGAAAAGGGAUAAGUAGACCAUCAGCGAAUCCACUAUUGUUAGAUGCGUAGAUAGUCCGACUUCCUUCGGUGUCUCUCAGCCAUCCUUCGAAACGUCAGAGAGCACAUGCCCAGCAGGUGCACAUAUAAGUCACAGACAUGUUCCUAUACUUGUGUAUCUACAUGUGACGCAUAUGAGAUACAGAAAACCAAGUUCUUUAUGAUGGCUGUACACCUCCACUCCACUGGACUGCUAAGACAGCACACAAGACAAACCGCUUCAAAGAGGUGCGAGUGCAGGUGGUACUUCGCAGGGCACAUUUGCCAUGUUCAAAUGAUUCUUUGCGUUGCAUUUAAUCUUCCGCCCAAGUUCUUUAUGGCUGCUGUGGUGCUCUUGUAGCUCGUUCAUAGACGGUUAAACGUAAUGCAGCUUGAUCGUCUCUGUCGGUGUGCCAAUCAAACAAUUUCCGUUGUUUCGUAAGACGAGGAGGACAACCUGUGCAGCCAUUUAGAAAGCAGC